UCUAACUUAGUGUUCAGAUCGGCAUUUUACGCUUUACAUUCUCUAAAUCAGUGUGUCAAAAAAUGUUUAUAACAAAAGCGUUAAAACAAAUUUCAUUUACUUAUGGAAAAUUUCAAAGCAGUUUACGUGGAUUUUCCGAUGUAAAUAACGCUACGAAAUCGAUGCCUACAGCCCUAUACGAUUUCCAUCUAAAGCAUGGCGGAAAAAUUGUGAAUUUUGCAGGUUAUGUUCUGCCUUUACAAUACACAGACCAGUGUAUAAGAUCAUCACAUUUGCAUACCCGACGUCACGCUUCGAUAUUUGAUGUCUCACAUAUGUUGCAAACUUAUAUGCAUGGCAAAGAUGCGAUUUCGUGUAUGGAAUCACUUUGUACUGCUGACAUAAAAGGAAUGGCUGAUGGCACUGGCUGUUUAACAGUAUUCACCAAUAGUAAUGGUGGAAUAUUGGAUGACUUGAUUGUGUCGAAAGUAAAUGGGCAAAUGUUAUAUGCUGUUUCGAAUGCUGCAAUGAAAGCUGAAGAUAUGGCCGUAAUUCGGGAUGGUGUUGUAGUCGUUUUGCGGAGAUACCACAAUAUCUUCUUCUUCUUCUGGAGUGGCGUGAUAACCGCUUAAGUGAUUUUGGC